AUGGCCCAUUCCAUGACUGGUGCAGCACAGAAGGUCAAUGGCCACCAAGAAACACACAUACCAACAUUUAGAUCACUAGCUAUUCCCGAAAGUGAAGAUGAUGCAGAAGUCCGAAAGAAAUACCGCCCUUUCAUCCUGAAUGCGCAGCAACAGGCAGAAGAUUGGGCCAAUGGUCUGGAACUCGACACUGUCUUGGAUAUGGCUGAAAAGGAUUUAAGAUUGACCCAGAAACGACUAAAGGUGUUGGUUCUGUAUGGAUCACUGCGAAAAAGAUCAUAUUCAAAGCUUGUCGCCCUUGAAGCCAGUCGCAUUCUCUUCCGAUUGGGCUGUGAUGUCCGUGUCUUUAAUCCAGAGGGUCUACCAGUUAAAAGCGACGUGGACCAUGCCCAUCCAAAGGUGAGGGAACUGCGGGAAUUGAGCACGUGGAGUGAUGGCCAUCUCUGGGUGACUCCGGAACAACACGGAAAUUUGACUGCGGUCUUCAAAAACCAGAUUGACUGGAUUCCUCUCUCAACUGGAAGCAUUCGACCUACCCAAGGCCGGACACUGUCUAUCGCCCAAGUAUGCGGAGGAUCCCAGUCCUUUAAUGCAGUCAACUCUCUCAGGCUUCUCGGCAGGUGGAUGCGCAUGUUUGUGAUCCCAAACCAGAGUUCCAUCCCAAAGGCAUACACCCACUUCCCUGAUGCAGGUCAACCUUGUGAUUAUCACCUUAUGCCGAGCGGGAACCGUGACCGCUUGGUGGACUGUAUGGAGGAGUUUGUCAAGUACACGAUCCUAAUGAGGCCGCAUAUUGCUCUGUUUGCGGAUCGGUAUAGUGAGCGAGAGGGCAGGAAGAUCAAGGAAACGAAAAGCGCAGCGUAG